AACAGAAUCAUGGAAAAUAAAAAACAAGAUGUCAUUUCUGUACCCAAAGAAGUUGUUAUUGAGAUAUUACGAAGAGUACCUGGCCAUGAUUUGGCUGAAAAGUUAAAGAUGGUAUGUAUGCAGUGGUGUUCAAUUAUACAUACUGGGAGCUUUGCCUACUUACAUAUUGAACAGAGAAUAAAAUCCUCUUCGUUCUCUCAACUGGAAGCAGUUAUUGUUGCUUUUGACGGAAAUGAAAAUCGUUCGGUUACAGUUUCUUCCUUGGAAUGGCACAACAGUUAUAAUCAAAAUGAUCAUCAAUUUGAAGAUUGGAAAACUAAACACUUAUUCACGGCAAAAGAUGUACUAUUAAGCCAGAACUUUCAUCCAUGGAUGAGCAUGAUAUGGGUCAAUUCUGUGAAUGGUUUUGUCUGUUUUUGGUCUUUUUUUGAUAAAACUCAUUUCCAUGUGUUCAAUCCUGUCACUAAAGAAUACCUCAUAACUGCACCAAAUACAUAUCUAGGUGUGGGGAAUAUUGAUUUGGCUACUAUUGUGGGCUUUGGAUUUUGCCCACUUUCAUAUGAAUACAAGGUUGUUGUUCUUGAUAGAAAUUCGGAAGUGAUUAAACCUUCAAUUUUCACUAUUGGAACUGACCAUUCAUGGAGGGCUUUGAAAGUAAUUCCUCGUCACAAUAUUUCAGAUGUUGUUACAGCUGUAUAUUUGAAGGGGAUAUUAUAUUGGUACGCAAAUACUUGUACUUCUACAAUUGUACAUUCUUUUCAUACAAAAACUCUCCUCUGUUUUGAUGUAACUAAGGAAGAAUUCGAUAUGAUUGUGGUACCAAUUGAAAUUCCUGAAUAUUCUGUAACAAAUGUAGUAGAAAAGGGAGAAAAGCUUUGUUUGGUAACAUUAAGUUGUGGUCCUAUUUGCUCCCUCUUGAUCAACGUAUACGUUGCUCACAAUAAUAUUGAUGAUGAUUUGAGUAACUUAAAUUCGUGGAAGAAAGAGUUCACUGUGACAGCUCCGAGUAUUGCAUAUAAAUUAGAUCUAGAUAAUUAUAAUGUCUACACCAUAAUUGUUACUGAUGAGAUCGUGGUGAUUCAACUUGGUGACAAUAGUACUGACUGUGGAUUUUUCCAUGUUGCAACUGGAAAGCUGUUGGGAUUAUUUUCGACUACGCAUGCUACUUUGAUCCCUUACAAGUCAAGUUUGGUAGCUUUUUGUCAUCGACCACUACUUCCUUCCUUAUCUUGA